AUGUCUGGCUUGAGUUACACCAUCUACAACACUGUCUAUGCUGUGGCUUGGGCUCUCCAUGAAGUAUUUCUGAGAAAAAAUGAAAAAAAUUCAAUGGGAGAUGAAGAAUAUUUAGUCUUUAAUUCAUGGCAGGCACCCCGUGGAGUAUGCAGUGAGAGCUGCCUUCCUGGGUUGAGAAAGAUCGCUCGAGAGGGGCAAGUGAUCUGCUGCUAUGACUGCUCCCCAUGCCCAGAGGGGGAGAUUUCCAGUCAUAUGGAUUCAGAUCAAUGUAAGAAGUGCCCUGAGGAUGAAUAUCCAAACAAGCAGAGAGAUCACUGCCUCUCCAAGGUUGUGACAUUCCUGACUGUGAAAGAGCCUUUGGGGAUGACUUUGGCCUCAAUGGCCAUUUCCUUCUCUUUACUGACAGCUCUAGUUCUGGGGGUCUUUGUGAAGUUCCAAGACACUACCAUAGUGAAAGCCAAUAACAGGACUCUCAGCUAUGCUCUCCUCAUCUCCCUUAUCUUCUGUUUCCUCUGCUCCCUGCUCUUCAUAGGCCAGCCUACCACUGCCACCUGUCUCCUCCAGCAAACCAUAUUUGCAGUUGUGUUCACAGUGGCUGUUUCCUCCAUUUUAGCCAAAACUAUAAUAGUGGUUGUGGCUUUCAAGGGUAUCAGGCCAGGGAGCAGGAUCCGCAUGUUCAUACAUCCUAGAAUGUCUAUCUAUGUUGUUCUCAUCUGCUCUGGAUUUCAAAUGAUUUUCUGUGGCAUCUGGCUGGGCACCUAUCCUCCCUUUCCAGAGGCAGACACACACUCAGAAUAUGGCCACAUAAUCCUUAGAUGUAAUGAAGGCUCUGUCUUUGCAUUUUAUUUUAUCCUGGGCUACAUGGGCUUUUUAGCCCUGGGAAGCUUUACUGUGGCUUUCCUGGCCAGGAAUCUGCCUGACACCUUCAACGAAGCCAAGUUCAUCACCUUCAGCAUGCUGGUGUUUUGUAGCGUCUGGGCCUCUUUUCUGCCCACGUAUCAGAGCUCCAAAGGAAAGGCCAUGGUGGCUGUGGAGAUCUUCUCCAUCUUGGCCUCCAGUGCUGGAUUACUGGGCUGCAUUUUUAUUCCUAAAUGCUAUGUGAUCCUCUUGAAACCAGAUAGGAAUACCCAGAGACAGAUCAAGAAGAAAUAA